AUGCCAUCUGAUAAACCCACCGUCGGUGUCGCUGGAGCGAAUGGGAAAUUAGGAAUACAUGUCAUCAAUGCUCUCAUCUCCGAAAGCUUCAGGCCCAAUUUUGGGAGCGUGGUCGCUCUUGUCCGUGAAUCUGCACCUCAGUAUACCAGAGACAUAUGGGAAAGGCAAGGCGUGACAGUGAGGAUUUACAAUGAAAAGAACAUGACCGAGAGCUUGGCUGGGAUUGAUAUCCUCAUCAAUGCCCUCAGCUCAAAAGGUCACCUCUAUAAGGAUGCAAUUGCAGAGGCCCUUCCGUUGACGAAAGUUUGCCUAUAUUUUCCUUCCGAAUUUGGAGUGGACCAUGUCGUCCAUGAGUUCAACCAAGUAUUUUGGGAUGCCAAGAAAAGACAUUACGACGAUGUACAAAAGAUUGAUUCCAUAAGGGUCAGUCGGGUCUACGUUGGCCUCUUCACUGAGGAUUCCAUCGGCUCGUGGUUUGGCUUCAAUACCAAAACUGGGGUGUACGAGUGCGUUGGAUCUCCGGAUGCAAAAAUCUCGUUCACCAGCAGAGAAGAUUCGGGGACGGCAAUGGCAGCACUCGCAUCGUUGCCAUUAUCUGAUGUUCCUGAGGAAGUGCACAUUGCAGGCGACACUCGAUCUUUCAACGAGAUUGCCAAAAUAAUGGAGGAUUCGGGAGCCGGCCCAAUUACUAUUCAGCAACUGAAUUUGGAAGAGUUCAAGGACAAAUUGAUGAAGGAGCUAGUAGCAUCGCCGGCUCCCUAUCUAAGAUUUCUCGUUGGGGAGGGGAAGAUUGAUCAUCGUAAGGGACGAUUAGGGUGUGAUAAUGAUCUUGUCAACAAGGAUGAGACCAAUUGGAAGUGGACAACUCUGACUGAUCUGGCGGAGAGGACUGGGGGAAAGCCGAAUGCCUAG